AGCCCGUAGAGAUGGAAGACGAACGCUGCACGAGCGUGUGCGCGUUACGGUCCGGUCGGUCUAAGGCCGGCAAAAAGAGCAUUAAAGUUACAAUUGUUUAACGGAAAGGAUCGCGAGAGCGACGCAAGAUGGCAAUACCGUACGAGCUUUUUCCUUUCCACCAAGCGUGACGCGUAUGCGCGCAACAACAAACCGAUCGUGAGAUGAACUCUGCGAGCAAGGUCGGUGAGAUUUUCACCGCGGCCGGAGCUGCCUUCAACAAGCUCGGCGAGCUGACGAUGCAACUGCAUCCAACGACGGACUCACCGGCAGGUAAAUGGACUGACGAGGAAAUUGAGAUGCUCCGUCACUCGGUAAAGACCUUCAGCGAAGACUUGAACAAAAUAAGCGAACACAUCAAGGGACGAACGGUCUCGCAGAUUCGGACAACGUUGAAGAAGAAAGCGUUCGAGGAAGCGGGUGUGCCGAUAAGACAGCAAACUCAACAGUCUACGGUGGUGCAACAGCAGGGAUCCAAACAACAGCAAAGCGGCGGUAAUCAGGGUCUGAUCGGAAAGUCCGCGGAAGUUACAUUGAAUAUGUUAAAUGCACCCGAAUCGGAGGUGGACGUCGAAGGACUACCCGAGGAUUGUCAAGUGAAGCUCGAAUUCGAAGGUGCCACGGAAGAGGUAGCUUCCUAACUUUCCACGACGUAUCUCGCUCAUUAUUUUAACCUACGAGUCGGAAGCGAAGCUGCGAUCGUUCUUGUACGCUCGAUUGAGUCGAGUCCGAAGCGGAUACGAUAAAUAAGAUCUUUUUCAAAUAAACUUUAUCGAAAAAAACA